AUGGAUACUCUUCUGGCUGCUUAUGUGCAUGACACUUCCUUGGAUGUUUCACAUCUUCCUGCACGCUUGGAUGCGGCCCUUCUUGCUAGGCAACUUAUGCCGGCACCAACGCGUCCUGUAUACCCAAAUGUCGCUGCAUGGGUACAGCACUAUGCAAGCUCCGCGGCAUGCACGAACACGGCCGUCGAAUAUCGUGACUCUUUCUCAAGCACCGAUAUCUCGACACUAUCCUUUGCUGAACUUCAUCUGCAAAGUGCCAAGAUCGCUUCAUGGCUUUUACGCUUCGCGCCCCGCUCCGUCGUUGGUGUCGCUAUGCCGCGUUCGUUAUCUACAUACAUAUGUCUUCUUGGUAUUCUGCGUGCUGGACUCGUUUACCUUCCACUAGACGAGUCAUUGCCGCAUGUUCGAUGUGACCAGCUAUUGCGUGAUAGUGGUGCAGUGCUUGUCAUCACUGCGGAGGAUCACGAUCCAGCAGCUCCAUGGCCAUGUGAUCGCGCUCGGCCUUCCGACAUGAUCAGUGAACACGGUCCAGAUAUGCGACCGAUCGACGCCAAUGAUCCAGCGUAUAUUUUAUACACGUCAGGCUCGACAGGCCACCCUAAAGGCUGCGUCUUGUCGCAUGCGAACCUGGCUUAUGCCAUUGACAACUUCCGCCAUGCUUUCGGCUCCGUCUCUUGGCACAAUGCACGCUUUCUAGCUCGAUCAGCGGAAGCUUUCGAUGUGCAUCUUUUAGAGUGCCUUCUCGCGUGGCAAAUGGGCGCAACUGUCGUUACGAUGAGGAGGAGCUUACUGCUUGCUGAUCUUGGCGUAGCUAUGGCUAAUGCUAACGUCACACAUGCGUGUGUGGUGCCAUCGCUCUUUUUCACCCAGGGUCGGCGAAUAGUGCCGUCAGAUCUACCUUCGCUUCGUGCACUCAUCGUGGGUGGCGAGAAGAUCGCUGAUGACAUCGUCGAACACUGGGGCAGCUCUAGAGGCCAUGGCAAUGCCUCGCGCGUUCUUGUUUUAAAUGCAUAUGGUCCAACUGAAGCGACCAUUGGCAUUUCUUGCACACCCGUGUACGUGGAUUCACUUGCGUCCGACAUUGGCACGGCAUUUGCCGGCAAUGCCUUCGUUAUUCGUGCAAAUGAUCGAGUGGCGCUUCGCGGCGAAACUGGUGAACUUUGUAUUGUCGGUACACAUGUGGGACUUGGAUAUAUACAUCGUGACUCUGAUGCUUUUUUCGAAAUGGAUGGCAUGCGUGCUUACAAGACUGGGGACCUAGCCCGGAUGAUGCCUGACGGUCACAUCGAAUACCUAGGACGGGUCGGACACAACCAGGUCAAAGUACGAGGCGCUCGUGUUGAGCUAACAGAGGUCGAUACAGCGCUUCAAAUGGCCGGCGCAAAACAUGCUGUCACAUUACUUCUCACGCACCCUGAAUUUGAGGAGCCUCACCUAGUAGCAUUCGUGUCGGAUCGUAUCGAAAUGUGCACUGACUCUCAACCACCGACCGUCACGACAACCGACACGUCAUAUCUCUUGCAUGCGUUACGUCACACCCUUGUUACAUACAUGGUGCCAAGCGUGAUCCUGACUUUAUCUGCAUUGCCAUUGGCUCGCGUAAGUGGCAAGCUGGACCGGCGCGCAUUGGAAGAUAUAUACACGACCUUGAAGCGUGUGUCACUUUUUGAUCAUACUCCGCCGCAAACUCUCGCCGAACGCACAGCUGCGCGCGUUAUACAAGAUGUGUUGGGUGUGGAUGAGGUGGGCGUGCAUGCAGACUUGUUUAGUCUCGGACUCGACAGUCUAAAGACUGCAGAUCAUGCGCCAGUGGCGCAAUACACUGGCGCAAUUCAAAAUAUAUCGUACGGUAUUUCAUGUCGACUCGCAUAUGAGCAUGGAAGUGCUGGAUACUUUGCCAGCUGUAGAUACCUGUCUCGACGAGCCGUGUACCAAUGCCGCGUGUGA